AUGUCUAGAUCCGUUGUCGAAGUGCGGGGAACUUUAUCCUUAGUGAAUUUUGUGAUACGUUUGCAGACAUUGUACGCUCUGAAAGCAUUAGAAAUACUUGUAAUGUCCGUAUGGAGUGUUGUACAAGACGCGCCCUUAGAUUUGAGCUGUCGCGGUUCUAAAAAAAUCAGUUUGACGAGCACUCCGAAAUUCCAAAGAUGUUUGCCGUGUCAGAUGUGUGGCAAAAAUUUUGAUAGACCUUCUUUACUCAAGAGGCAUCUGCGGACCCACACAGGUGAAAAGCCACAUGGUUGUACCAUUUGUGGCAAAAUGUUCAGUACUAGUAGCUCCUUGAACACACACGUCAGGAUCCACACUGGAGAACGUCCACACGAAUGUCCAAUAUGCGGGAAACGUUUCACUGCUUCUUCGAAUUUAUAUUAUCAUCGAAUGACUCAUUACAAGGAAAAACCGCAUAAAUGCACCGAGUGUGGACGUUCUUUUCCAACCCCUGGCGAUCUAAGGGCUCAUGGAUAUUCUCACACUGAUAACUGGCCGUUGCGAUGUACAGUCUGCAAUCGAGGAUUUUGCAAACCUGCAGCUCUCCACCAUCACAUGCGACUACACACUGGAGACCGGCCACAUCGUUGUAACGUAUGCAAGAAGCAGUUCUCUGUGAUCAACAAUUUACGGUCCCACGAACGAUGUCACAAUCUGGAUACGCCGAUUCAAACUAUCGCUAACUGUGCAAACAUGGAAAGUCAUGGACCAGGUAUGAGUGCAAUUAUGUUUGAGGAUGCAAGCAGAAGUUAUUUACAAUUUCCUGCAGCCUACUCCUGGACUUCUUGGAUACCUUUGCAGUAUACCAAAUAA